CUCAUUUCGAUCUAAAUAUUAGUGAAGUUUCUCUCAGAGUGCACUGCAGAGGACAUUAACGGCUGUAAAGAUGCGUGGUAUCUUCAGUUGUUGCACACUCACAGCACUGCUGCUGUCUGCAGCCUGGGCAGACCCCCACAGCUCUGGACACAGCCAUACUGAUGAUACUAGCUGCCACAGGCUGUCCUCCCCCAAUGCUGACUUUGCCUUUGCCCUCUACAAAAGUCUGAAGGCCAACACUGCUGCUGGAAAGAACAUCUUCUACUCACCACUGGGAAUCUCCAGCAUCCUGUCCAUGGUGUCUGCAGGAGCUAAAGGUGAAACCCACAGCCAGCUGUUCUCCACCUUGGGCUACAGCGCCUUCAACCAAACCCAGGUCAAUGAAGCGUACAAACAUCUCUUUGAGGUCCAUGGACACAGUCAGGAGAAUCUACAGCUGGAUGUAGGAAAUGCUGCUGCAGUGCGCUCUGGCUUCAAUCCUCUGGAGACGUUCCUGAAUGAUGUCAAGGAGUUUUACUCUGGUGAGAUCUUCAACGUCAGCCAGGAUCUCUCUGAGGCUGCAGCUGAGAUCAACAGAUUUAUUGCAAAUAAAACCCAGGACAAGAUCAGAGACAUGGUGAAGGACCUGGAUCCUGACAUGGUCAUGGUGCUGAUCAACUACGUCUACUUUAAAGGACUGUGGGAGAACCCGUUCCAAAGUGAUAUGACACGAAAGGCUGAAUUUCAUGUGGACAAGACCACCACAGUUCAGGUGGGCAUGAUGUCAAGGACGGGGCACUACAAGGUCAACUGGGACAGACCAAACCACGCCACUGUCAUCAGUCUGCCUUACAAGGGCAACGCCUCCAUGAUGAUCGUCCUGCCUGAUGAAGACAAGAUGGAGGAGGUGGAGGGCUACAUCAACAAGGACCACAUCAGACGCUGGAGGGACUCAGCCUCAAUGAGAUACAUACAUCUGUUCUUGCCCAAGUUUUCCAUCUCUACUGAUGCUUCCCUGAAGAGCACUCUGAAAGAAAUGGGCAUCAUAAAUGCUUUUGAGAACAACGCCGAUUUCUCUGGUAUAUCUGAAGAGUUACCACUCGAAAUCUCAAAGGCAUCACACAAGGCUGUGCUCAGUGUCACUGAGAUUGGAACAGAGGCAGCAGCUGUCAGCACCAUGGAGUUCAUAUUGUUCAUGUUACCUCCCACCAUCAGAAUCGACAGACCAUUCUUGGUUUUCAUCAUAGAAAGCACCAGCGGGAGCAUCCUCUUCAUGGGCAAGAUCAACAACCCUGCAGCCGUGUGAAGAAUCCAAGAUAAUCAGUCCUAUAUCUCAUCAGUUGAGCGUAGGUUAUUGUAAAAUCAGGACUCAUCUGUAAACACAGGGAGUAGGAGUCAUAGCUUACAUAAGUUCCAACUGGAUAAAAUUGGGACAGGAAAGGUUUGGAUACUGAAGGGGUUGAUUGAAUAGGGGUAGGAUACAUGGGAGAGAUUCUGCAAUCAUUUAUACAUUAUAAAACCCUGCUUGCCUGAUGUCUGCUUAAGUGAAGAAUACAAUACCCCUAAAAAAGUAUGUUGUGAACUUUCAGUAAUUGUCUGUUUUUAGUCAGAUUGACAGAAUUUGACAAAAAAGUGAAAUAAUGUUCCACGUUUUCAAGUCCUAAAUUCACUGACACAAUGACAGAACUACAUCAUUGUAAUACACUGAAGGUUAUAGCUGUCAGACAGAGGACUCAUAAACACGUUAGGGUCCUCUAUGAACAGGAGAAAGGAUGUAAAGGCCACAGUGCCUCAUUUCACUGCAGAUUCACUCAGCAGAAUUUAAUUGUUGACACUCAAAAUAAAUGUAAUUCCCUCUGA